CGUGCAUUACUUUACCAUCGUAUGAUGAUGAGUCAACCGCACGUCUGCGAGAAGUGUUGCCGCGAUGGCACGUUCCGGCGGUCUGCACGGGCACAGCGUCAGUUCCUGUCAAGAACAGCGACAGACACGCUCAAGAAAUAUGCGCUGCAUCGGCAUGUUGUGAAGCGGGCGUCUGCAGCCUUGCAGCGGCAGUCGAGCGAGAUUACCCGCAGCAUGGCUGCCAUGACCACAUCCGUUGUCCUCAGCCCAACUGUGUCGACACAGGUAAAGGGCGACCCCCACGAGAUGAUGCACGUUCCCAAGACGGGAGAAGAGAGCGCAGCCAACUGGAUCAACCUCUCAUCAGAAACGUUUGCUGAGAAGCUACAACGGCUGGACAACAUCAAGGCCGAGAUAUCUCACAUCAAACAGCGCAUGAACGCGAAGGAGCACGAGAUUGGGCUGCGGCGGGCGCUGCUGCGGAAGAUUGAGGCCAGCGCACGCAUGACACACGUGCGCGAAUACCGAAACGCCUGCAUCACUGCCGUGCACGGAGACGAGCAAGCGGCGGAGAUGCAGCGCAAACGCAUCAGCGACGCAACAGAUCGCAUUGCUCGCCUCAAACGUCUCUGCCAAACAUACAAACGACUGCUGCCUGCGCUCGAUUCGCUGCUGGUGGUUGACAGCAACGAUGAACAGGAGCAGGGGGAGACACUGCGUGAAUUCUCAAGCAGGAUGACGGAGGAGUUUGAGCAGGCGAAAGCAUCCGAUGGGCGCCCGCACGAGCACGCCAUCAUGCAUCUCAUCGACCAGUCGUUCCAGGACCCGACACCGCCGCUCGCCGUUGAUCGCGUGCGCGUCCCCGACGAUUCUCCGCACGCCGAAGCCGUGCAGUCUGUGUUUGGGCGGACGGCGUUCUGGUGCCGCGACGGGGAGCAGCAGGCGCGCGCGUGUGUGCAGCGUGCGCGGCAGCAGCGGAUACGGCGGUGCUUUGAGCUCAUCCCCGUCAUGGAGAACAGCAUCUGGUCCAUGACGCUUCCACGCAGCGGCGACGUCGUCACACCGUUCCGGGAGGCGCCGGAGCGGGUUGUGCUGACGUUGCGCUUGUGCGAGACGCUGAUGGCGCUGGUCAUGAACGCGCUGUCCACCACUCCAACGGCGUCAAAGGCAACCAAACCGCCAUACAAGCCUGCUGGGGAUGGAGAGGUGCCCAAGCACCGGCUCGACACGAUCCAGGGCGCCAGUCAGCAGCAGGCCGAGGACCGCGUGCUGGAUGUGCACCGCUCCCUGUGCGAGCGCGCCGUCGUCACGUUUCUCCGCGAUGGCGCCCUGCCCUCGGCGUUUCCCCCAGAUGUCUCUGGCUCGAGCUUCCUGGCCAUCAUUCUUCGCUGCUGCAAUCCAGAGAUCAACCCAAACCUCGGCGCAGGCAGACCCCUCACAGACGAGACGAUGGAGGCCAUUUUCGCGCGGAAACCAGCGCCCCGAUCUUGAUGGCUCUCAUGGCAUGGCAUGGCAUGUCUUGCUGAACAGAUAAACUGGCACUCUGUAUUUGUUGGGUCUCACACUUGAUUGACACAGAACACACACUUCAAAACCACACGGUGAUACACACAUUGUGAUGCGCUUGUUGUUGCUCUACACGCCAACACGCACCUCGAGUAAAUGAACAGUCACAGCCA